AUGGUUGCCUCCACACCCAGUAGUUGCCUUAACAACCAGUGGUUGCCUCCACACCCAGUGGAUGCCUACACAACCAGUGGUUCGUUAAAACCCAUUGGGUGCCUUAACACCCAGUGGGUCCUCCACACCCAGUGGUUGCCUCCACACCCAAUGGUUACCUCCACACCUAGUGGUGGCCGCCACACCCAGUGGUUGCCUCCACUCCCAGUGGUUGCUUCCACACACAGUGGUUGCCUCCACUCCCAGUGGUUGCCGCCACAACCUGUGGUUGCCGCCACAUCCAGUCGUUGCCUCCACACCCAGUUCUUGCCUCCACACCCACUUGUUGCAUCCACACCCAGUUGUAGCCUUUCCACCCAGUGGUUCCCUCCACACCCAGUUGUUGUCUCCACACCCAGUGGUUGCCUCCACAUGGUUUCCUCAACACUCAGUGGAUGCCUCCAACCCCAGUGGUUGCCUCCACAACCAGUAGUUGCCUUAACACCUAUUGGUUGCCUCCACAUUCAGUUACUGCCCCAACACCCAGUGGUUGCCCCCACACCCAGUGGUUGCCUCCACUCCCAGUGGUUGCCGCUACACCCAGUGGUUGCCUCAACACGCAGUGAUUGCCGCCUCACCCUGUGGUUGCCUCCACAGCCAGUGGAUGCCUCCACACUCAGUGGUUGCCUCCACACCCAGCUACUGCCCCUACACCCAGUGGUUGCCUACACAUCCAGUGGUUGCCUUCACACCCAGUGGUUUCCGCCAACACCAGUAUUUGCUCCCACACCCAGUGGGUGCAUUCACACCCAGUGGUUGCCUCCACAUCCCGAGGUUGCCUACACACCAAGUUGCUGCCUCCACACCCAGUGGUUACCUCCAGACCCAGUGGUUGCCUCCACACCACGUGGUGGUCGCCACACCCCAGUGGUUGCCUCCACACCCAGUAGUUGCCUCCACACCACGUGUGGUUGCCGCCACACUCAGUGGCCUCAUCCACAACCAGUGGUUGGCUCCACACCCAGUGGUUGCCGCCACACUCAGUGGCCUCAUCCACAACCAGUGGUUGGCUCCACACCCAGUAGUUGCCGCCUCACCAAGUGGUUGCCACCACACCCAGUUGUUGCCGCAACACUCAGUGGUUGCCACCACACCCAGUGGUUGCCACCACACCCAGUCGUUGCCUCCACACCCAGUGGUUGCCUCUACUCCCAGUGGUUGCCUCAACUCCCAGUCGUUGCCGCCACACCCAGUGGUUGCCUCUACUCCCAGUGGUUGCCUCAAAACCCAGUGGUUGCCUCCACACCCAGUUAUUGCCUCCACACCGAGUGGUUGCCUCCACAGCCAGUGGAUGCCUCCACACUCAGUGAUUGCCGCCACACCCAGUUUUUGCCUCCACACCUAGUGGUUGCCUCCAUACCUAGUGGUUGCCUCCACAACCAGUGGAUGCCUCCAAACUCAGUUACUGCCCCAACACCCAGUGAUUGCCUCCACACCCAGUGUUCGCCUCCACUUCCAACCCAGUGGUUGCCUCCACACUCAGUACUUGCCUCCACACCCAGUGGUUGCCGCUACACCCAGUGGUUGACUCAACACCCAGGAGUUGCCUCCACACCCAAUGAUUGUCGCCACACCCAGUGGCUGCCGCCACAUCCAGUGGUUGCCGCCACACCCAGUUAUUGCCCCCACACCGAGUGGUUGCCUCCACACCCAGUGGUUACCGCCACACUCAGUGGCUUCAUCCACACCCAGUAG